UAAAUAUGAGCCAGAAACCUACUAUUCUUUUAGAUAGCUUUUGUAAUUUACAGUCCUGAUAAGGAAAGUUGUCGGGAGGAGGACUGUAACUAGGAUUUCAUGAACAUUUUCACCUGAUUUUGGAAAGCCUUCCCUCACUGGCCAACCCUAAAAGUUAUUCGAGUUAGGCAGAACUGGGAGGGGCUUGUGCUGGUGAAAACAUCUUACAGAUAUGCCCAAAGCUCUUACACGUCAGGGGCUGGUACAGAUCCAUGAAAUUGAUUUUGUCUCUUGUAUUGUCCCUCGGAUCUAUGGUCUUAGAAUACCCAGUUGACAGUGAGAGGAUAGAAGAGAAUUUGCAGGUAUCAGAUGGAGAAUUUCGCUGCAUUGAACACCAUGAAUCUGAGCUCAAUUCCGCCCAUGAAAGCAGUGAGAUUGGGAGAUGAUAACAGCCCUAAUGAUGCAGACGAGAAUGACGAGGAGCCCUACAAUUUCACCGUCCGGUUCGAUCCCUCUGUACUGACUACUAUAAUUGUCCUGUUUUGCGUUUUCUGCUUCAUUGCAAUCUUCUCCAUCGUCUUCCGCCGUCGAAGAGCGACCUGGCAGGUUAGGAGGGCUUUCAGGCGAGCCGAUGUGGGUAAUAAUGACAAUUGGGAGGUGUCACAGGGUCUGGAUCGGGCGGUCAUCGAAAGCUUUCCAGUUUUCAGCUACAGUAGGGUGAAGGGCCUCAAAGCACAGGCCAAAUGCACGGCCUGUGCAGUUUGCCUCGCCGACUUCAAGGAGCGUGAGAUGCUUCGAUUACUUCCCAAGUGCAGCCACACCUUUCAUCCAGAGUGCAUCGACAUGUGGCUCUUCUCCCACACAACUUGUCCGGUUUGCCGGACCAGCCUUCUGCCCGGGUACGAAUCGAACCCCACGGUACCCGAUCUCCACCGACUGCAGGCGUCUCCGGAGCAGGUUACGGUCGUCACAGACAAUGGAGACAGGGGAGAUGUUUCGAAUGAUGAGGCAACGAAUGGGGUUUCGAGGGGGCACUCGUUGGUAAGGGUUAGGGAGGAAUUGGACCAGGGUAGAGGCACGGAGGGGCUCACACCCGGGCUGCAUAGGAGUUGCAACUUUGAGGGAAUAAAUCAAUCGCAGGAGCCGUCUAGUUCGGGCAGUUCUGUGGGCGACGAAGACCACAGAUCGAGAUCUGAAAGAUCGGUGAGCGUUUCCUUGCAUCCGCCCUUGUUCGUUCGAAGUUUUUCUGAGCGGAUUCCUUCAUAAGAGGGAGAUUUAGUCGGGGUUGAGCAGUAAGAUGACGAGGCUUGGUUUCAGAGGACAUGAAUUUAUUGAUGGGAAGAGACGGGCAAGGAGACGGGACUGAAUGUUCGGGAGGGUGGAUCGGUGAGCUCCAGGCAUGCCGAUCAAAGUGGGGAUGACAGUACCGUAUGGUUAAUAGUGUUUUUAUGCGUCUAAAGAGAGUUUUUUAAGUUACUGUGACCAGGCUUAUACUCCAGCCUUGUAAUGGCUUUCGCAGGUGAAGUUGCAUUGCUAAAAAUUUAGAGAUCUCCGAGUUGCCAUCGGAUUGUCGAAACCCCUGACCUGAGAGAAAAAAGGCCCAAAACAGGGCAACAGGGCAGUAAAACAGAGCAUCUGGGCAGCGAACAGAGCAUCCGGGUAGCGAAACAGGGCAUAUAAAUGAAAUAAAGCUGAUAAAUAGCAGUCCGAUUUGUACUGUAUAUUAUAUGAAGCUGUUUAUUUUUCAUAUAAAAACAGUAUUUGAUCAAUAAAAUAAACUUUGUAAAUCUUAACGAAAUUUUAUGCAAUUUCUACUUGUUCGAUCUU